AUGAUUGGAGGCGGAUGGGUUCAAAACGAUGAAGCAUGUUCACAUUAUGUCGAUAUAGUCGAUCAAAUGACAUUGGGAUUGAAGAAACUGGAACAGGUGUUUGGCGAGUGUGGAAAACCGAGAACGGCAUGGCAGAUUGAUCCUUUCGGUCAUAGCAAGGAACAAGCUAACCUGCUUGCUCUGAUGGGCUUCACCUCAGUGUUCUUCGCACGCAUACAUUAUUUAGAAAAAGAGGCUCGGUUACAAAACAAAAGUUUGGAGUUCGUUUGGAACACGUCCGAGGAUUUGAAAACCCAGAUUUUGGCCGGAGCCUUCUUUCAAGAUAACUACGGACCACCGGAAGGUUUCUGUUUUGACACAUUGUGCGGGGAUGACCCGAUCAUGGACAAUCCUGACCUGGAAGGCUACAAUCUCGACGAAAAGAUCAGCUCUUUCGCCUCAUUCCUCCGUUCAUCCCACGUGUUAAUGUUGAUGGGAAGUGACUUCCAAUACACGAAUGCAAACGCAUGGUAUACGAAUCUGGAUAAGUUGAUACAGCAUGUGAAUGGAAAUGCCACUCACGGUGUACAUGUGUUUUAUUCGACUCCAUCAUGUUACGUAAAAGGCCUCACCGAAUCUUCGACUACACGUUUGCCAACCAAAGAAGACGACUUUUUCCCGUAA